AGGCAGCUGCCUUGAUAUUUUUAACCAAAUCUGCUAAAAAAUGGCGUAAACAAUUCGUCAUGGGCGUAGGACUUUUAUUAUCUGUGCAUCAGAAACCAGAAUCCAGAUCAGAUGACACAUGUGACUGUCAUUUGUGACUUUCGAAUGGAAUCAAAGUUGGGGUUGAAUUGAAUAACAAUUAAAAACGCGGUGGUUAUUCACCCGAGUGGUUUUGGCUCGAUAACAUGAAGCCGCGCGAUUUAUUAUUGACAAUUUUGUUGAUACUGCACAAUAUCUGCAACACUUGCAGUCUUCACGACAAUUUAAAAUAUUACGAAACGUUACACGCAUCUCAUUUUCAACACAAAAUUGUGAAAAGAGGUGCUCAGCACAGCUAUCAUCCGUUCAACAAAAUAAACGAAGUAGAAUUCUACACUCAUGGCAGGAAUUUUCGCCUAUUCCUCACCCCGAGGCGAGAGGUCAUACAUUCUAAUUUCAAGGCAUAUGAGGUGAACGAAGAUGGUGAAGAAACCACAGUUCACGUUGACCAUGAAAACUUUUAUCAUGGACGCGUCUUUGGAGAAGUGGAUUCAUAUGCUCAUGUACACGUUGAUGAUGGAAUGCUGACAGCGACAAUAACAGUACCAGAUGAUGACACUUAUCACAUCGAACCUUCCUGGAGACAUUUACCCCACGCAGAUAAUCGUUCUAUGAUCGUCUAUAAAGGAUCAAAUGUGAAGCUGAGCUGGGAACAUUACGAGGGUGGUGAAGGACACACUCAUGGGGUUCCAAAGACCUGCGGAUAUGUUAAGGAAGAUGCAGGUGCUGAUGGUACAGAUGAAGAAGACGAUAAAGAGCUAGAAAACGAAAUCAGCACUCAAGUGGUGCACGCUUACAAUAGAACGAAAAGACAAACGGAUACUUAUGAAUAUACACCCACUAAAACUCGCUGUCCUCUGCUGCUGGUUGCAGACUACAGAUUUUAUCAAGAAAUGGGAGCCAGCAAUACGAAAACAACCAUCAAUUACUUGAUCAGCCUCAUCGAUAGAGUGCACAAAAUAUACAACGAUACUUUGUGGCAGGAGCGUCAAGAGCAGGAUGGAUUCAAGGGAAUGGGUUUUGUAAUUAAAAAAAUUGUUGUACAUAGCGAGCCAACCCGCAUGCGAGGGGGCGAGAUCCAUUACAACAUGGUUCGCGAAAAGUGGGACGUUCGGACUCUACUUGAGGUAUUUAGCCGGGAAUAUAGUCACAAGGAUUUUUGUUUGGCGCACUUAUUCACCGAUCUUAAAUUCGAGGGAGGAAUACUAGGCUUGGCAUACGUUGGUUCUCCACGUAGAAAUUCCGUUGGAGGAAUAUGCACUCCGGAAUACUUUAAAAACGGUUACACAUUGUACUUAAAUUCUGGACUGAGCUCAAGCCGGAAUCACUAUGGUCAAAGAGUAAUCACACGCGAAGCUGAUCUCGUUACUGCACAUGAAUUUGGACAUAACUGGGGAUCAGAACAUGAUCCUGAUAUAACGGAAUGUAGCCCUAGUGCCAGUCAAGGAGGUUCUUAUUUGAUGUAUACAUACAGCGUUAGUGGAUAUGACGUCAAUAAUAAGCGCUUUUCUCCAUGCAGUUUACGCUCAAUCAGAAAAGUACUGCAAGCAAAGUCCGGCCGAUGCUUCUCUGAACCAGAAGAAUCGUUCUGUGGAAAUUUGAGAGUAGAGGGCGAUGAGGAGUGUGACGCAGGUCUUUUGGGUACAGAAGACAAUGAUUCUUGUUGCGAUAAGAACUGUAAACUACGUCGUAACGAAGGCGCCGUCUGCAGCGAUAAGAACUCUCCGUGCUGCCAAAACUGUGCAUUCAUGCCAGUUGCAAUAAAGUGCCGCGAUGCUCAGUACGCUACAUGUGAACAGGAAUCAAGAUGCACUGGGGCAUCGAGUGAAUGUCCUCGAUCACCUCCAAUGAAUGACGGUACUGGAUGCUUGGAGCGAGGUCAAUGUCGUCACGGAAAGUGCAUUCCGUACUGUGAAACUCAAGGACUUCAGAGUUGCAUGUGUGAUACAAUUCUAGACGCGUGCAAACGAUGUUGCAGAAUGAGCCUCAAUGAAACUUGUUUCCCUGUUGAUCCCCAAGAUAUUUUGCCAGAUGGCACACCUUGUAUUCAAGGAUUUUGUAAUAAGGGAAUAUGUGAGAAGACGAUCCAAGACGUUGUUGAACGUUUCUGGGAUAUUAUUGAGGACAUAAACAUCAACAAAGUGAUGCGGUUUUUGAAGGACAACAUAGUUGGUGCUGUGAUAAUUUGUACAGCAAUAGUUUGGAUACCAGCGAGCUGCGUUGUCAGUUACGUAGACAGACGUCGGAUAAAGGAAGCAGAGAAAAAAUGGCGUUGGAAGCACACGGACGAGCUUAUUCACCCGGAGGAUCAAAGACGAAUAGUUCAUACACAGGGUUCGUCAAGACAGAGAAUACAACCUACUUAAUUGAACAACAUUUCCAUCUAAUUUGUACUUAACCCAGAAUUUAGUCGUUGAAUUUCCUUCUCAGAAAAUUAUUCUCACUUACUUGAAUGUAUAUAAUCUAAAUUAAUUAUUGUUCAGUAAUUGUUACUCUCAUGUGAAUGUAAAAUCGUAGACUAUUAAUAUUUUUUAUAACUGUACCUCAAGAUUUUAGUUACCAUUUUUACAUGUGUAUCUUCGAAUAGAUUUGACUUAAGUAUGAAAUAGAAUAUAUUGAUUUUAGGUAAAUAUUUUUUACUUGACAGUAUUAUCGACGUGUACGUAUAUGCCAUUUAAUACGUAAUUUAACAAAUAAGAAAGAGUC